AUGACGACCCCAUGGACGCAAACGGCUGGUGUGGUGAAAUCGAACACAGUGCACGUGGCCACAGACUCGCCUCCCACAACCCCGUCAGCAAUAAGUACAUCUGCCCAUCAGCUUGUGUUUCAACUCCGGAACAUACUCGAAAAACUCUCAGCCCUCGAAACUUUGGUGCCAGGCAAAGAAGUCAACGAGCUUCUCACAGGGCUUGUGACCCUGUGUAUCACGCCCUAUCCCUCAGAGCUCACCGCCUAUUUCUUGAACAUUGACGGUGUACAAUCACUUUGUGAACAGUUACGUCCACUUUGUGCAACAGCGGAGGGUGAGCUAGAGAGAUAUUGGGCACAUCGCAUAUUUCAAGAUGCAUCCUCAGCAAGAGUGCAUAAUGUUGAUCGCGAUAUUGAGGCCCUUCAAGUCAGCCAAGGGCUAUGCGAGAAACUCGGGUAUGAAGAUCGAAUGAGUUUCUCGUGUGAAGACGUCAGUAUGGACUCCGGCCAGGCGACAAGUGGAUUAUACGAGACGGACUGGAAAUCCUUCGAUGCCAUCUUUUUGGCUGCGCUCGUGGGUCUGGACACAAAUGCCAAACUCGGCAUUCUGGAAUCUCUGAGUAAGAAAUUGGAGCCAGGGACGCUGGUCGUGGCAAGGAGUGCGCGGGGACUAAGAAGCGUGUUGUAUCCGGUUCUUGAACUUUCACAGGAUUUACAACGUAUCGGGUUUGAGGUCCUAGCCGAAGUGCAUCCCUGGACGAAAGUGGUAAAUUCGGUCAUCGUUCUAAGAGUUAUGGAAGUAUGCGACAUGGACUGA